UACUAUUCAAUAAUGAUAAUAUAGGCCAACUUAUGCUUGGAACAAGUUUGUUUUUUUGUUAUGCAUUUUUUCAAAAAAAUACACUUAUUAACCUUUUAUUAUUAUUUUCUAAAACCUAGAUUCUGUUUGUAGCAACAACAAAAAAAAUACGCGAGCAACUGUUCCGAGCCCUGUGAGAAUCGGUUUGAUAGAGCGCGGUUGCGUGCUAUCUUUCGUUAAGCAAAAGGCAGGCAAAAACAGUCAGCCUCAUUUUCUCAUCAACUGAUUUAUGCAAUUUCAUUAUAUAUUCUCACUCUUCAUUCGCAACAGUCGGGUGCAUAUAUUCCGGUUCACCUCGAUCCUCUUCAACUUUACUCAGCACAGCCAUUUAGAUUGAGCUACAUGAAAAGCAAUUAUCACUGAUUUUAAUGAACGUGUUAUCCAUUCGCAUGAUUUUUGUCUAUAACGCAUAAUUCGAUAAAUAAUUUUAUCUAUCGCGCUAAUUACAUUUAUUUUUUUUCUAUUGACCAUAACAAACAUGUGAAGAACUUAAAAGUUACACAUGAAGCACAUUUUAUUUCUUUCUUAUUACCACACAGUUCAUUUAACAUAUAUGACACUGAGUAUAAGUGUAACAACCUUAAAAAUGCCAUGAUCACCGCACUCUACCAUGGUCAGGGUUCCAAUCGCUUUUGUUGAAUAACCUGAGGCGUCAUAUCACAGCGCUCUCAGAGACACAGAUUAUUAUUUAACUGAAAGGAAGUGUGGACUGUAAGUUUCAAGAUGUCAAAACUUGGAGAUAUGCACAAGAUUUAUGAAAUAAUUUGUUAUAUCUGCUCUCGGCUAAAAUUCAACAAGAGACUGCGUAGAGCUAUUUGAAUGUCUGGUUUUGAAAAUUUGUUAUUUGUUACAAUAGAUUUCAUAUUUUGUAGACAAUAGCAAAUCUCAAUUGCAUUUCCCACGAUUGUUGUUGCAAUAAAAGUGCAUUUGAUUUUACGCUCAGUGACACUACACACACCAGUCUAAGCGUACAGUUUCCUAAGGAGAUUCGUUUACUUAAGUUGUUGGGGACAUAUCACACUGUAUUUCAAAAAGUUUUUAAAUGAUAAAUAACCAAUUUAUACUAUAACUAUUUAUAAACUGCAUUAUUGCGAACACUAGAGAAAACCACGUUUAAAUACAAAACAAGUAAAGUCAGUCCAUCAUAACCUUAACAUAAUCUUCCAGUUGAAGUAUAUACGAUUAAAACAAGUGCAAACGUUACUCGUGUGAUGUGAUUAAUCUAAUCAAUAUUUUCAGAUUUCGGAGGUGGGAGAUAAUAAUAAGCCAUGAUGUAUUAUCUUCAUUAUUUCACAAGUACGCUUUUUUGCCCUUGUGAAGCAAUUAAAAAAUGCAACUCAGCGAAAGGCGGGUAGGUCAAGAAUCAUUCUGACCUUCCCUCAAACGAUAUUUGUAUUAGAAACUUCGGUCAUGCCAGCGCUGCGUUUGUUCGGCCGGAAAUGGUUAGCCGCGUCGGACGACCUUGUGUUUCCGUGUCUGUUCGAGAUCGUGUUCCGCAUCGUAUGGCUCGGGCUGAUAUCAUGCGUAACGUCGACGUACUGGAGCGUGACCGCGGAGUGCGAUGAACAGGCCGGGUUAGCUGUUCGUGUCUACCUAGUGGGAACCCUAGUGUUAAUUAGUGUAAAUAUAGUUCUAUUGGUACUUUUGGUGAAUCGAAGUGCCCAGGGUAGCAUUACCGAGGUGCAGAAACGUUCGAUGGUAGCACCACUUCUGGUGAUAAAAAUUUUGCUGAUCCUGCCAGAAACUGGACUGAACAUUUUUGGCACAAUGUGGGCUUUUUGUGGGACAAUUGAGUGUAAGAGUGAAGACAAAAUUACUCGUACUGUGAUUGAAGCUAUUGUACUAUUCAACUGGGUAGUAUUUGCGCUCAUUAUUUUCGGUUUAGCUAUAGUAUUCGACCCGCUAGGUUCAGCAAAAUAUAAAAACGGUAGAGAUAGCAAUGAUAAUGGCCCGACGGAGUCAGCGAUUCACAGAAAAGUAUCAAAAUUGUGGUUCCGGAGAUUCCGCUGGGCAUUCUGCUGCCUGCGAAAAGACGAAUUCGGUCACGAAGCAUUCACACAGGUAGCCAGUCUACUAAGUGCCCUUUUUCGGGGAACAGACUUAGUUCCAUCAGAUAUCAUGGCAGGAUGUGUUUUACUGCGUGUUCGGCAGAAGCGAGAAACCAGAGAAAUGCGGAGGAUACGAAUGUUGAACGACGAUGGACCAAGAUAUUCUACAGAUAUCACUAGGGUGUUUGCCACUUCUCCAUCGUGGAUGACUAUAAAAAAUGCUCGUCACUUUUUGCGGUUUGCAUUGGCUGCCUAUGGCUGGCCUAUGGUUUGCUAUAUGCACUGCUGUACUGGACCGUAUCGGUUAGUUCCGAAAAUGACGUGUUGCGCAUGUUUCCGACGAAAACCUCAAAUCAUCAUUGAUGACAACUGUUGCCUAUGCCACGUGUCCGGUGUUCGAUAUACGUCACGAGUACGAAGCGAAGACGUCUUGCAUGCAUCGUUUAAAAAUCACGUGUUUGAGCUACCAUUUUGUGUGUUGGCGGAUCACAGUACCAAGAGCAUCGUUAUAUCAAUCAGAGGAAGUCUAUCGAUGCGGGACGUGUUCACAGAUUUAGUCGCUAAUGCUGAACGAUUUGAUGCUCCAGGGAUGCCUCCGGACACUUCCGCUCAUCGUGGAAUGGUUGCCGGAGUCGACUGUAUGCUCAAGCGGCUGCGGGAAGGAAAUAUGCUAGAUCGGGUUUUCAAUACCUAUCCAGAAUAUACAUUGGUUCUUACAGGACACAGCUUAGGAGCAGGAGUUUCCAUCUUGCUGGCGGCGAAGCUACGUAGCCGGUUUCCGGAUCUGCGUGUGUAUGCCUUUGCAACUCCAGCUGGACUACUUAGUCGCGACGCUGCACGGUACACGGAAGGAUACGCUUUCACUAUCGGCGUGGGUGAUGAUUUUGUCAUGCGUUUAGGCGUUGACUCCAUCGAAAAUCUGCGAACCAGUGUGAUUGAAACAAUACGAGCUUGCAAACUGCCAAAAUGGCGAAUAAUGUUGAACGGUUUCGGUUAUGCACUGUUUGGUGUACCAUCAAGGGAUUUGGAGACCACAUGGCAUGAUGUAACGGAAAUAACGAAAAAAACUGGCCAGAGUCCGCUUUUAAACGAACGGCCCAUUCAAACUGUGGCUGCUGUUGAAGGAGGGUUACUUUCAAGUGAAAUCUCUAAACGUAGAUUUGCCAAAACACGACUUUUUACAGGAGGAAGAAUCUUACAUAUUGUGAGGCGUAAGAAAACAGAGCUGGAGAAAAAAACUAAUACGGGUGGACCAACUUUCGAGAUGCGUUGGGCCACGGCAGAGGACUUCAUGGAGUUGAAGGUUAUGCCUCGUAUGCUAUUGGAUCAUUUGCCAGACAACGUUUUCAGAACGCUUACGAAAAUUCUUGAGGAACAAAAAACUCAUAAUGGAUCUAUGCUCUCUCUACAGGAAAUUUGAGAAAACUCUCAUAAGCCAAAACUACGCUACGCCGCUUGGAGCAGUCGAUGAGAUUGAUUGACACGAUAAGAAUAUAUAUCACCAAAAACAAAAACAAAAUCCUUGAGUGCCUUACGAAAAAGUAAUUCUUGCCGUAAAAUUUUUGGAAUCAACCAACACCAUACAAGGUUUGAUUUGGUAGGUCAGGUGUAUAUCUCUAGUUUGGGAAACUUUCAGAUAAGAGUUACUAAGUUGUCUAUAUCGUAUUUUAAAAAUCCUAUAACUGUAUAUGCAAUAGAAAGUAACUAUUGUUCAGUACUGUUACAAUGCGGUUGCUCAUUAUUUACUUUAAGUUGUCUUAAAAUAAGUAUUCCAGUGAUUUCAGUUAAUUAGCAGCAUUCCAUUAGUCGUAUUCCUAAAAGAAAAUUAAUAAUUCUAGUGCGAAUCUGAAUAGCUGAUAUUUUUCCUGACGUUUAAGGUAUUGAUCUAGGCUAAACAUGUGACGAUUACUAAGCUUGUUAUACUCAAAAGAAUCGAAUACAGAGGUAUUAGAUGAGUACAGGAGUUUGAAUUGAAGAUAUUUUGAAGCAUAAUUGUGUUUCAGAGAAAUGUAUAAAAGUUUUAGCAAAAAAGUUGAAAACUGAGUUAGUUUUCGAUCGUAUUUUGGUUGUGAUAUGAAUGCUAUUUAUUAUUUAUAAAAAGCAAAGUAAAUGAAUGUGGUAUAUUAUGUAAGAUCUGUAGUAAGUUGGAAAUAAAUGUAUUUUAUUAUA